CCGUGCCAAAGCAGGCGGAGUCGGAAACGCGAAAGCCCAGCGCUCCUUAAACCCCCUCCCUCGCCCGCAGGAGGAGUAACCGACCGUGGUGGAGCAGCUCAAGCUCAGGGAGACUCCGUGAUCGACUGCCCCAGAGAAGCGCCUCGUUACCCGGACGGAGAACCAGCCGCCAGCCGGUCGUCCCUUUAUUCCUGCCAUUAAGCCGAUCAGAGGAGCCCGCGUGACAUUACACGAGCUCGAGGCUUUCUUCUCACAUAGAGGACGAAUUCCCCCAGUCGCUCCAGGAAUAUCUCCCUGGAUAUUUACCCGAGAAAUGGACGGUUUCGCCGGUAGUUUAGAUGACAGCAUCUCAGCGGCGAGCACCUCAGACGUGCAGGACCGGCUGUCGUCUCUGGAGCUGCGGGUCCAACAGCAGGAGGACGAGCUGACGGUGAUGAAGGCUGCGCUGGCAGAUGUGCUCAGACGUCUGGCUCAGUCCGAGGACGCCACCGCUGCCAAGAAACAGCAGAGCAGCAAAGGUCAGACCGCGCUGCGUGAGGCUUAUUCAAUGUCCUGCAUCGCCAACGGCAGUUCCAGCGGCCGCAAAUCUCACAGAGAUACCUCCACAGUCUCUAUAGCCAAGAAAGAGACACUCGCCUCCGCCGCCAAGAGUGGUGGAGAGCGGAAAAAAGACAAGCCUCUGAUGGAGGGGAUCAAGGAGAAAGAGGAGACUAAUGAUAAACCCCCCUCAGCGCCCAGCACCCCUUCCAGCAACCCCCCCUCCCCUCAUCCCCCACAGCCCCAGAGACAAGUCUCGGAGAACAAGGGCUCGACCCCGGCCAAAAGUGCAAAGCGCGGUGGAGGAAUGGAGCGUUCUCAGAGUAGCACAUGGGACAGUGGAGAGGAGAACAGGAAUAAGCUGGUGAAAGCAGCCUCCACAUCCAAGCUGCUGUCCAAAGUGGUGAAGAACGCGGAGAAACACCGAGAUCCAGUCAUCAGCCAAGCUAAAAUGUCAACCCGUGAAAAAAACAGUCAAGAGGGAGACUACAUCAAAAUGUUCAUGCGAGGACGACCCAUCACAAUGUUCAUCCCAUCGGACGUGGAGAACUACGACGAGGUGCGCACCGAACUUCCCCCGGAGAGACUCAAACUGGAGUGGGUAUAUGGAUACAGGGGUCGUGACUGCCGUGCAAACGUGUACUUGCUGCCUACCGGGGAGAUCGUGUAUUUCAUCGCCUCGGUGGUCGUGCUCUUCAACUACGAGGAGAGGACACAGCGCCACUACUUAGGACACACCGACUGUGUCAAAUGUCUUGCUGUUCACCCAGAUAAGAUCCGGAUCGCCACAGGACAGAUCGCAGGAGUGGAUAAGGAUGGAAGGCCGCUCCAGCCACACGUGAGGGUCUGGGACUCGGUCAGUCUGUCCACGCUGCAGAUCAUCGGCCUCGGCACCUUCGAGAGAGGAGUUGGAUCCCUCGCUUUCUCUAAAGCCGACUCAGGCACUCAUCUCAGUGUGAUCGAUGACUCUAAUGAGCACAUGCUCACUGUGUGGGACUGGCAGAAGAAAUCAAAAAUCGCUGAGUUAAAGACAACCAAUGAAGUGGUCUUAGCGGUGGAGUUUCACCCGACUGACGCCAACACCAUUGUGACUUGUGGGAAAUCCCAUAUCUUCUUCUGGACCUGGAGCGGUUCCUCACUGGCGCGCAAACAAGGCAUCUUUGGUAAAUAUGAGAAGCCCAAAUUUGUGCAGUGUUUGGCUUUCCUUAAUAAUGGAGACAUCCUGACCGGAGACUCAGGAGGAAUCAUGCUGAUAUGGACCCGCAGCACUGCGGAACCAGCGCCAGGGAAAGGGCCCAAAGGAGCGUUUCAGAUCUCGCGUCAGAUCAAGGCUCACGACGGGAGUCUCUUCACUCUGUGUCAGAUGAGGAACGGCACUCUGCUCACAGGAGGAGGAAAAGACCACAAGAUCAUCCUGUGGGACCAUGACCUGCAUCCAGAGAGAGACAUCGAGGUCCCAGAUCAGUACGGCACCAUUCGAGCUGUGGCCGAGGGCAAGGGGGAGCAGUUCCUGGUGGGAACGUCACGCAACUUCAUCCUGAGAGGAACCUUCAACGAUGGCUUCCAGGUGGAAGUGCAGGGGCACACGGAUGAACUGUGGGGUUUGGCGUCCCACCCCUUCAAGGACCUGUUCCUCUCCUGUGCUCAGGACAGGCAGGUGUGUCUCUGGAGCUCAGUGGACCACACGCUGGAAUGGACCAGACUGCUGGACGAGCACGGGCACUGCGCAGACUUCCAUCCUAGCGGUUCGGUUGUUGCCAUCGGGACUCACUCAGGGAAGUGGUAUGCCCUGGACGCAGAGACUCGAGACCUGGUGGCCAUUCACACAGACGGCAAUGAGCAGCUGUCAGUGAUGCGCUUCUCUGUCGAUGGCACGCUGCUGGCAGUGGGAUCACAUGAUAACUUCAUUUACCUCUACACCGUGUCGGAUAAGGGACGCAAAUACAGCAGAUAUGGGAAAUGCACUGGACAUUCCAGCUACAUUACACAUCUUGACUGGUCCCCCGACAACAAGUUCAUCAUGUCCAACUCGGGAGAUUAUGAAAUCCUUUACUGGGACAUUCCAAACGGUUGUAAGCUGAUUCGUAACCGCUCUGAGUGCAAGGACAUCGACUGGGCCUCGUACACCUGUGUGCUCGGGUUCCACGUCUUUGGUGUUUGGCCGGAGGGCUCAGACGGGACAGAUAUCAAUGCCCUGGUGCGAUCUCACAACAGGAAGGUGAUCGCUCUGGCUGAUGACUUCUGUAAAGUGCAUCUUUUCCAGUAUCCCUGCUCAAGACCAAAGGCCCCAAGCCACAAGUACAGCGCCCACAGCAGUCACGUGACCAACGUGAGCUUCAUGCACAGCGACAGUCACCUGAUUUCAACGGGCGGCAAGGACACGAGCAUCAUGCAGUGGCGUCUGGUGGAAAAGACCUCUUCCCUGGUGCACAGCGACUCCAGCUUGGGCCUGGGCGAUUCCCUGCUGCACAACUCCACCCCUCGCCCUGUGGCGUCGGUACCCAGCGUCCCCCACACUCCUACUGAGCCCGUGCCGGUGCCAGCCUCGCUACCCAUCAGCACCCAGCCUGACACCAACACUCCCCCUCCUACGCCCCCGGAACCCCUGCACACGGCCACUCCUAAUGGACAGCAGGAUGGCUCGGCCGAGACCCCGCCCCCUUCAGAUGAGGCCACGUCCCUCUCUGACAGCACCCUGAGCCCUAAGGACAGCCUCGAGCCUAGCGACGAUACGGCCACGCCCAGUGACGAGGGCAUGCCCUUUAACCCCCCCUUAUAAAGCGGCCCGACCCCUUCUCUCGCCUGCUCCAAUUCCUGUCGGAUUACAAAAGCAGAGUCUUCUCAGUUUUUAUCCUUUCGAGAUUUUCUUUUCAUUUCGUGUCUUAGUUUGUUGUUACGUUGACGGUUUGUUCAGCGGAUGUGGUCGUGGAGGCGUUGGUCCGACUCGGAUGGUGAGGGAUUAGGAAUGUGUAGUUGAAAACCUCUGAAAAGAUUUGGCACACCUACAGGUUUACACUGACCACACGAACACUAAUACACACAUGCAUACAUCAGUAACUGUGAUACAUGGGGGAAAAAGAGGGAAAAGGAUUUACCAGUUUUAGAUCCAAACAAAGUGCAAGUUCAUAUACACAGACUAACACACAAAUGGACACAUGCUUUCAAUCUAUUGGCAUUUGGCAUAUACAGCAAGACUCUUAUUGAUUUUCCUCGCUUAACGAGAUGGUUCCCUAAAAAAUAAAAAUCCUCAUCCUCAUAUUGUUCCAAAGCUGUAUGACUUUCUUUCUUUUGUGAGACACAAAAGACGUUGUUUUGAA